AUGACGUUGGGGCUGGUGUUUGGUGGGGCGGAUACAGGUCACGUGUUGAGGAGGGUGUCGCAGACGUACUGGCCACAAAACGUGAACAACGUCAACCAAUCGGUGCCAGUGCCAGGGGGGAUAACUCUCGGCUCUAUGGUUCAUCUUAGAGGAAUCUACGUCAACUACACCGGCUUCUACGUCGACUUCCGUCAAAACGACGACAGCACCAAAGUCAACUUCCACUUCCGCCCACGUCUAAACUACGACACCAAGAUGCCCGUGAUUGCCUUGUCUUACUGUAACAACGGUGUCUGGGGCAGCGAGACUAGGCCAAACAUCAGCGUCUACCCGUUUGUUGUGAACCAGGUCUUUGAGGUCCACAUCCUGGUCAGGGGCGACGCCUUCCUGGUCUACAUCAACAGGGUGUUCUUCUACUCGUACCCCCAUGUGAUGCCGCCGGAGAAAAUUAACUGGAUUAGGGUUAUCGGGGUUGUAAAUGUCACAGAGCUUAGCGUUUGA